CGCUAUGAAACGUCAUCAGCUAUCAGACUGUAGUUAGUUUCAAACUGUCAUAAAACUGACGUAUAGGCGAAAAACGCAAACAUUAGGGCAUGUUAAAGAACUUCUAACAACUUUGUUGACAAAAUAUUUAAAGUAUGUUUAAGAACUGGGGAACCUGGCUUGGAUUAGAAAGCGAAAAUGGCCAAGUUAAACAAGAAGGCGAGUCUGUUGUUGAUGUCAGUGAGGACAAGAGUCACGAAAUAAACAAACCGACGACUGCUGCUGAAAGUGAGCAGAGCAGUGCUGCCAAGAAAGAUGCUGAACCCCCUCAAGUUCUCCAGAAAGCAAAGGGCUUUAGUGGUUACAUCUAUAAUUUCGCCAGCAGUGCCUCAAAGAAACUGUCAGAGUCCGUCGCUGAGACAGCAACAACAUUAAAGAAAAGUGUGGAGGAGGGGAAGAUAAACGGAAUAAUUGAUAAGACCAUUCUGGGUGAUUUCCAGAAAGAACAAGAAAAGUUUGUUCAGGAGAAAAAAGCAAAAAAGUUUGGUGCUGCUGUGCCACCAUGGGUGGGUUAUAAUGAAGAGGACACCAUACAGCAACAGAUUUUAGCUCUUUCAGCUGACAAAAGAAACUUUUUGCGAGACCCUCCUGCUGGGGUACAUUUUCACUUUGACUUUGAGCAAAUGUAUCCAAUCGCCAUGGUGAUGCUGGAGGAAGAUGAGCUCCUCAGAAAGAUGCGCUUCCAUCUGGUCCCUAAGCAGGUGAAAGAAGAAGUCUUCUGGAAGAAUUACUUCUACCGCGUGUCCUUGAUUAAACAGUCGGCUCAGCUCACAGCUCUAGCAGCUCAACAGGCUGCUGAACGGAGGGAUGAGGAGAAAACUGGCUGCAGUCCUGAGGAUCCUCAUCAGAAGGAUGUAAUUAAAGGGAAAACUCGCCCCACCACCUGCAGUAUGAAACCAAAGUCAACUGAGGAUGAAGAGGAGAUAUCCACCAGCCCGCCUGUGUCUGAAUUUGUGAGUGAUGCUUUUGACUCUUGCAAGAUAAAUGAGGACGACUUGCGCAAAGAAAUGGAACAGCUGGUUCUGGACAAGCGGGAACAUCCAAACACACAACAGGAGGAGACUGCGGACUGGGAAAGAGAGUUGCAGGAGGAACUUAAGGAGUAUGAUGUGUUGGCCGAUAACGAAAACCAUGAUGACAACUGGGACAGAGAAAUUGAAGAUAUGCUAAAGGAGGACAUUUAGAGCAUUUAACCAAGCUCCUCCAGCCUUACUUGUUUUAAGGGCACAUGUAAGGUCAGAAACAGCACCUGACAACAAUGUUAUGCUCCUAGUGGAAUUGAUUAAUGUCAAUUUUGGUCCUCUAAGAGACAGAGAAAUACCACUGAAUAUCAUUAACAUUUCAGUAUGCUAUUUCUGUGGCCUUAAUAGUUCCUUAAGUUUUUUUUCCACUAAGUUUUACGAGUUAAUACUUAGUAUUGUGUCCUACAGUAAAAAGAAGAACAGAUAUUGUCCCACAUCUCAAAUUUACAAGAUGUGCAUUCACAGUAAAUAGAAAAGUUUCCUCAGUCUCAGCCUUGAGAAUUAGAGUGAGAUUAUGUAAUUUUUGAUAAAUGGUGCCCACUGUUCCUAUAAAUGGUGAUUACAGGAUAAUGGUAAAUGCUAAAAAAUACUGUUUAGCUAAAGCGUAACAAUAGCACACGUAGAGAAGAGUCAUAAAGUCAAACUGACUCAGCAAUAUCUGUUAACCAGCAAUAUCAGUGUAAAUAGUUUUUUGUCUCAUGAUACAUUUCAGGGACAAAUGCCAUUAUGAUGAUUUAAAUUCAUCCUGAUGAAAACGUCCAGGUAACACAUGAAUAGUCUGGAGAAAGAAAUCAUUGACCACAGGCUUUCAUGUGCUCAUUUGGCCUUACUGAUGCUGCAGAAAUAACAUGAACCAAAUCAAGUGAUGAUUUAAAUGUGAGCCAUACAAACAAAACUGAGCCAACACUUUUUUUUGAAUGGAAAUUGUUGCUGUAUAGGUUUCCACUAACAGAUAGUCGAGUGUAAUAUCAUCUUUUUAUAAUCUGUUGACUGCGUAUUACUGAACUGAAUAUAAUACACAGUGUAUGUCCUACUUGUGAAGGACCUUGGGCAAUGGGUGUGUUUUUUCAAAAUGAUAGAAUGGGAUGACUGAACAUACUGUAUGUAUCUGUAGUGAUCAAAUGUAUUGUCUCCACAGUCACACAUAUACUGUUAUAAUGUUCUCUGGAGACGUGCAAGUCCAAACAAGCUCUGUGUUCUUCCUGUUUACAUCAAAAUUUAUUCAGGAAAGUGGAUCUAAAAUCCUUUGUCUUUCGCGUUUGUACUCACUCAGAUUGUAGUGCAUUUUUCUUAACCAUAAACUUCGAUGCAUUGUCUA